AUGGCUCUCAAGGUCUUCACCACUGAGUCCAUCGGCGCGCAGAGAAACCACAUUGCGAUCUACAUCGAAACCGAUCCAAGCGAAGACAAGGGCUGGUUGCACCAUGUCACCGGAACAAUCCUGAACGGCAUGGAUUACACACCCAGGCAAACGCCUAACCCAGAGGUGCUGCCAGAACAUGUGCCAGACUCCAAGAAACAGAUUGGGACCAUUGAAGAGGAAGACCUGGAGAGGUUCCGAGAGGAAUGUUGCCUAGCAGUUCCUCCCCCGCGGGCCCAGGUGACCCUCAAGGGGACCCGACUGUACCCUGAUACCCCGCUCUACCGCUGUACGGAAUGGCUGAGGGAUGUUGAGGAGCUGGCUGUCAGGAAGGGAAUAUUUAAGCCUCUGUGA